AUGCUGAAGAACCGAGCACCGGACAAUCAGCUAACCUCCCCCAGCCAGGUUACGGCUUUUUUGAAGGGACAGUAUAAGAGGAUUGCAGAGCUAGUCCGAGACAACCCCAUCCUCGGCGGUCUCGCCACUCCACUGCCCAACUUGAACGCCAAGUCCUUUUCGACCUUCACUGCCACGGAGGAGAAAAAUGCCAACUACGGGGUGAUGGUACUGUCGAAGGUGAUGCCUCACCUGAAAGUGCUGUCUGAUGCACCGUUCCCGGAAGCUCCUGUGCUGCCAACAUCCCUCACAACGCCAGACCGGCCUCAGGUCCAAUACCAGCACGUUCAUCACGAGGCUGGAAAAAGGCGUGGUGAGAAGCGGAGAUUAUUUGUUGAAGAGCCAAAGCCUGUGUCUUCUGUGAACCAGCCCGUUCAGCCCAUGGCGUCGUCCUCCUCCACUCGGCCAAAGCCUGCUGCGCCCACCACCAUUCUGCCAAGGCCUGCUGCGUCCACCCACCUCCGGCCAAAGCCUGCUGUGCCCACCUAUGGAUCCCCCCGUAUCGACAGCACCCAUACUGCUGGUUUUCCCCGCACAGCCGCAGGUUCCCCCGUCUUGUUUCGUGGGCCAUCGUGCAGCCAGGAGCUUUGUACCUCCAGCACCAACAGUCAAGGCAUUCAUGCCAAACAAGUCCUUGCGGCCAUGCAGGGAGAGGCCAAGCUGCAGUGUACGGAUGGAUCUGCAUCGUCUCAGAAGAGCAUCCUGUCCUUUGUCAAAGCUGCUGGUACUUACACCCCUCCUCUGCCCCAGUCUCCCCUUCCUUGUGCCCGUGUGCUGAGGCGUGCGCACAUGAUCAUGGAGAUGGAGAAGAUGUCUGGAGAAAUCCUCUGCAUUGAUGGCACAAAAAAGACAGGUUAUUGA